CUGGUUCCAGGAGGAUGAGAGCCCUUGUUCUGACACCUGUGUCUGAUUCCAGGGCCUACAGAUCCACUCUGGACUACACCAAACGAAGUCUGGGGAUUUUCAUUGACCUCCAGAAGAAAGAGGAGGCGCAUGCCUGGCUGCAAGCAGGGAAGAUCUACUACAUCCUGCGGCAGAGCGAGCUGGUGGACCUGUACAUCCAGGUGGCACAGAAUGUGGUCCUGUACACAGGCGACUCCAACCUGGGCUUGGAGCCGUUUGAGGCAGCUGGAGACAUCUUCUUCAACGAGGCCUGGGAGUGGGAGAAAGCCGUGUCCUUCUACCAGUGAUCUCACCGGGAAUGAUAUUGACCGUGCCCCUGCCCGGGACAAACGCUCGGGUCUGGACAUGACAGUGGCUCUACCCUUUGCAGCUGAUGAUCUCAAGCAACCAUGAGCGGGAAGUCCUGUCCCCAUCUUCCAGAUGAGGAAGCUGAGGCUCAGAGAGUCACAGAGACAUGUCAAAGGGCACACAGCAUGUCAGUGGGAGACCCAGGGCCAGGGCCCAGACCUGCAUGCACCCCGAAACGGGGACGGCUUCUCCCUUCCUCUGAGCUCACGGUGUGGCUCAGCUCUGGGCACAGAGAAAUGUGGAGUUUUUAGAGCAGAGAGGAGUGCUGGCUCCCCCCAGUCAGACCCCCGGUGCCCUGGUGGGAGAGGCUGGUCUGAGGCUGCCAGGUGUAGCUGGAUGGGCCUCAGAUGACUCUUCAGCCCCCAACUUGGGUGUCUGAACCGUGCGUUAUCCCAGAGCACAGAGCUCUGUGGAGGUGCAGGGGUAACUGGGGCGUGGGAAGCUCUCCAAGCACAUGUUUGAGCUCUGAGGAGGGCGCUGGGCAAGGUGGGUGCUGCAGGAAGCCUGCCUCCACCUGCCUGUGUGGUAGGACCGAGUCCUACCCCUGGCAGUGACUACUGGCAACUGCAAGGUGAGCCGCAGCUGUGCAACAAGCCGGUGGCACUGCUGGCCAUGCUGGAGGAGCCCCAGGAGGGCUUGGAAUUUGCCCACAUGGCCCUAGCUGUCAGCAUCACUCUGGGUAAGUCCCCUGAGCGCCCGCCCUGCCAGGACCCACACUUUGCCAGAGCCGAGCCUCCAUGUCUGCAGGGCAGGAGCUGAAACAGCUGCUGGAUUUUCCCGGUCUCCUGUCCAGGCAGACAGAUCUGCCCAGCUGGCUUCCCUGUCUGGCCGUGGGGCACAGCCCGAGGUCUCUCACGUAGCGCAGAGCUCCCUGCCUGGCUGAGCUCUGCUUCCUCUGUCUCUUCCCGCUGCUGAUCACAAGGGCCGCCCAGUGUGCCCUCUGCCUUCCAGACAUGCCAGGCAUCUCGGUCCCUGUAUGUGCCAGGCUGAGUGGCACAUUCCCUUUGUCUUGUGCCCUUUCCACCCUCAUCAACCACACAACUCUCUGGCUGAUGAAAUCCCAGUUCCCCUUCCAGCAGCCUGCCCCUUAAGGCCGGGCAUCCCCUGGUGCUGUGCCAGGUCGUCUGUCCUCCUCCAGAGACAGGGAACCCUGGGCAGGCCGCAUGCCCCAGCGCCUUGUGCCCUGGGGCCCAGUACAGAGUAGGUGUGCAGCUGUGUGGGAAUGCAUUGAAUGCAGGCUCCACGGCACUCGCCCUGCAAAGGGGAGGACAUCAGAGACAGCCUAGCUGGGUUUGCGCAACUGUGGGGGGACCUGGAGCUCAGGCACGCAGUGACUCCCCAAGAUAAGAGGCUCUGAUCGUGACACACCCAGGAGGAGUCGGAUGUCACGUCUGUGGGUUGCAUGGAGCCGGGGUGCCCGGGAGCACCUGGACUGCAUGGGUUUUGGGCUCCCCUGGUUAAAACCAGUGAGCAAAGGCAGGUGGCUAUGUGUAGGCACAGAGCUGGGCCAUCCAAGUCCGACUUUGCCAAAGCCUCACAGUAGACAGGGGCAGGCCUUAUUAGUUCUGCUUUACAGAUGGGAAAGUGAGUCUGGGAACCCGGAAGGGACUGGCCAGUGCUGCCCAGGUGACCGCAGGUGUCUGGAGGCAAGCCAGGUGCUGCCCGGGGUCUGCAUACCUGCUCCUGAGGGGCCUGUGCCUGACUGCCCCAGGGAGCCACGUCCUC